AUGGGCGGCAAGAUAGAAGCAUAUUUCGACUGCCCCUCUCCUUAUUCCUUCUUCUCCUUCCAACACCUCCUCAAGAACCGUGAAUUACUAGCAUCGCAUGGCAUUGAGGUCGAGAUCUUCCCCGUCUUUCUGGGAGGAAUAAAUGCCGGCUCAGGCAACACACCACCAUGGACAAACCCCGUAAAGGCGAGAUACGGCAAAUUUGACCGUGAGCGAGCCGCCAAAUACUUCAAUGUCAAGGACAUGUCACCACCCCCUUUCUUCCCUCCCCUCACUAUCCUGCCCCAACGGGUGGCCACCUAUAUAAAAGCCAAUUAUCCCCGCUCCCGCUUCGAAAACACCUUCCUCCUCUACUGGACCUACAUGUUCUACCGUCACAUCGACCUUAGCAAGCCCGAGAAUAUGAUUGCCCUGUUGCGUGAAGAGAAAUACUCCGACGCGGAGAUUGAAACCAUCAUGAAGAGCGCGCAGAGCCCUGAGGGGAAACAGGCGUUGACGGACCGGACAAAGGAGGCGCUGGAUCGGGGCGCGUUUGGGGCGCCGUGGUUCUGGGUAAGGAACGCGGAGGGCAAGGAAGAACCGUUUUUUGGCAGUGAUCGGUUUCAUUAUAUGUGGCAGUUUUUGGGAGUCCCGUUUCAGGAUGUGAAGAUUUUGGAAAAGGGGAAGGAGAGGGCGAAGUUGUGA